AAAAAGAGAGAAAAACAACGCAGCCCAAUAGCCUGGAGAGGGCUGAGUGUUUGCCCUUUCGUCAUGACGUAGUGUCCUGUGCCUCUCUCCCCCCUUCUCUCACUCCUUUUCCCCUCCCUCCUUCCAACCCCCACCCCCCCUUCCCCUCACAUCCUUGGAAGCAACAAUUAAGCAGCUCUGGGAUAAAACACACUGACUGCGAGAGCACGGGGGCAUUGCUUCAAGAGAUGGCAAGGCAGGCAGCUGCACCCCUCCUCCCCGGAGUCCUCCUCCUCUUCUCCAUCCUCCCGGCUUCUCAGCAAGGAGGGGUCCCUGGUGCUAUCCCGGGAGGGGGAGUCCCAGGAGGAGGCUUUUUCCCAGGUGCUGGAGUUGGAGGUUUGGGAGCAGGUUUGGGAGCAGGGCUCGGGGCUGCAGGAAAACCUCUCAAACCAGGGGUCGGUGGCCUCGGGGGACUCGGCCCUCUUGGCCUGCAGCCAGGUGCUGGGGUCGGAGGUUUGGGAGCAGGUUUGGGAGCCUUCCCCGGGGCAGCCUUCCCAGGUGCUGCAUCUGCAGCAGCUCUUAAGGCUGCAGCAAAAGCUGGUGCUGGCCUUGGUGGCGUGGGUGGCCUUGGUGGCCUUGGUGGCGUGGGUGGAGUUGGAGUUCCCGGAGGCCUUGGUGUUCCAGGUGUGGUGCAGCCCGGGGUUGGUGCGGCGGGGAAGCCCCCCAAAGUGCCAGGUGCUGGCAUCCCCGGAGCUUUCCCGGGUGGCGGUGUGCUCCCUGGAGCAGGUAUCCGCUUCCCCGGCGUAGGCGUGCUGCCUGGCGUUCCCACCGGCACUGGGGUCAAGGCAAAAGGUCCAGGAGCAGGAGCCUUCGCAGGAAUCCCCGGACUGGGAGGCUUUGGAGGCCAGCAGCCCGGUGUCCCUCUGGGGUAUCCCAUCAAAGCUCCCAAGCUCCCAGGUAAGCGGCCACAGCCAGCAGGGAUGCGGGUGGUGGCCAGGGGGAUGAGCCGCCGUCCCCGCUGCCCCGGGCUGAGCCGCGGUGCCCUGGGUGGCCAUGGGGCAUAUGCUGGGCUGGGACACCCCACGCAGCUCCCUCCCGGCACCAGGCACAUCCCUUCAGGGACCCUCUGCUUUCUGUGGCUCCUGGGGGCUAAGGGUUGCUCACCAGACGCUCACCCAGGCUGUGUGUCCCCCAUUGGGGACCCCUCGCCAAGGCCACCACCAGCAGGAUGGCAGUGGGGACAGAGGCAGGGCUCCCUCCUCACUGCUCGCAGAGAUGAUGCUCAGUCCCAGCCCAGGGGUGCUCAGCACACCUCUCCCAACCUGUGCUGCCCCGGUGCCAUCUGUCACCCAUCCCUGCGCCGGGUGCCAGACCCAUCCCAUGCAGGGACAGCAGCGGGGUGGCAGCGGUGGGGACAGGGGGGCACUGCUUAGCUGGGGGUGCCAGCA